AUGAGGGAGGUGACUGAGGUUGGCACUUCGGAGGGCAUCAUAUCAAAGAACGAUGUCGAGAAAGACGUCAACCUCGAACCACGACCACUCGCUCCCGCGGUGCAGGAUGAGGAUUCCAAUCGCUACCUCGUCGAGUUCGACGGCCUGGACGAUCCAGACAACCCCAAGAACUGGUCCAGAGCGAGGAGAUGGAGAAUCACUCUUGCCAUGGGCGGAAUGGCGUUUGUUGUUACCUUCUCCAGCUCCGUAUUUGCUGUCGUCAUUCUACCAGUCGCAACACAAUUUCAUAUAGGAACUGUGACAUCGACGCUUGGAGUUUCGCUGUUCCUACUUGGCUUCGUGUUUGGACCCAUCUUCUUCGGACCUGCCUCUGAAGUAUUCGGGCGGCGAUUUCCUUUGUUUUCCGGCUACUUGUGCUUCGCAAUCUUCCAGAUACCCGUGGCUCUCGCUCAGAAUGUGGAAACGAUUAUGCUUGGGAGGUUCUUUGGCGGCUUUGCUGCAUCCUCACCGCUUGCGGUCAUCGGGGGAGCCCUGGCCGAUAUUUGGAACCCAAUUGAUAGAGCCUAUGGAGUCUGUGUCUUCGCUGCCGCCGCCUUCUCAGGACCUGUUGCAGGACCGAUCAUUGGAGGAUUUGUGACUCAGUCCUAUCUUGGAUGGCGAUGGACUGCUUGGAUCACUAUGAUCAUGGCAGCAUUGUUUGGUUGCAUUGGGUUUCUGGUAAUCCCAGAGACAUCAGCUGCCAAAAUCCUUCAGAAAAGGGCGAAAAGACUCCGCCGUGAGACGGACAACCCGGCGUUUCACGCGCAAGCAGACAAAUCGCCUAUCAGUGCAAAGACGCUGGUAUUCGUAUACCUUGUGCGGCCAUUUACCAUGAUAUUUCAGGAGCCUAUCUUAGCCCUUAUUACUGCGUAUAUGAGUUUCAUAUAUGGGAUACUUUACCUCUUCUUUGAAAGUUUUCCGAUAAGUUUCGAGGAAGAGCGUGGAUGGAACAUCGGCGUCGGGUCGUUGCCCUUUGCGUCUUUCAUUGUCGGCAUCGCCUUGGGGACCGGAGUUAUUGCAUAUUCUACGCGGACCAACUUCACUCGAGCCUACAAUGAACACGGCAGGCCCAUACCGGAAGAACGCUUGCCACCAAUGAUCGUCGGCGCAGCCGUCCUUCCCAUCGGGCUUUUCUGGUUCGCAUGGACUUCUGACCCGCACAUCAUUUGGGUACCGCAGGUGCUUUCCGUUACCUUGCUCGGGAUGGGAUGUUUGGUCACCUUCUGGCAGGGCAUGAACUACAUCAUUGACUGUUACGGUUUUUAUUCCAACAGCGCCAUUGCCAUCAACACUUUCAUCAGAUCAAUAGCAGCGGCAGGGUUUCCACUCUUUGCCCCAGCAUUGUAUCAUGGCCUGGGAGUUUCGUGGGCUUCAUCGCUUCUUGGAUUUCUCUGUUUGGCAUUUGUCCCGGUACCCAUCCUCUUCUACAAAUAUGGAGCCACGAUCAGACAAAAAUCCAGAUUCAAGCCGGCCAGCUGA